UGAUGGACCUACUUGGUAUGAGCGAGUGCCACAACCAGGAAAACAGAAAACAUGAUAGGAUAGAAGCCAGCAAGGGAGAGUAGCAAUGGCAUGCUCACUCACACUGCCAACACCUCCUUCUCUUUCUUCUUCUUCUUCUUCUUCUUCUUCUAAUCUUCCCACCUUCCACCGCCACACCCACUCUCUCUUUUGCAGCGGAGCAGCGUUCACGCGCCUCCGCCAUCGCCGAGCCUCGAACUCCCUCUCGCUUGUUCCCUCUGCGGGGAAAGAAGACACUGACCUUCGUGUCUCUUCUAUUCAGGAGCAGCAACGCGACGAUGAUGAACCAACCCCCGAGGACCUUCAAUACGUCGACCAAAUCAAAAAGGUUUUGGAGCUUCUCAGGAAAAACCGGGACAUGCUCUUCGGCGAGGUCAAAUUAACUAUAAUGAUUGAGGACCCCAGAGAAGUGGAAAGAAGAAGAUUACUUGGUAUUGAAUAUUCUGAAGGACCUACAAGAGAUGAUCUAGUUGAUGCUUUGGAUGAAGUCAAUGAAGGAAAAAUUCCAAAGAAUAGAGCUGCUCUCCAGAUGCUUGCUGAGGAAUUGGCUGCAUGGCCUAAUCUGGAGGAAGAAGUGUCGAAGAAAAAACCCAGAAAAUCUCUCUAUGCAAAGGCCACUGACACAGGAAUCGAUCCUGAAGUGGCUGCAAAGAAACUGAACAUUGAUUGGGAUUCUGCUGCUGAAAUUGAAGAGACAAAUGCUGACGAUGAUACAGAAGUGCCUCCAGUUGUGGGCUAUGGAGCUUUAUACUUGGUUUCGGCUUUCCCAAUUAUUAUAGGUAUUUCAGUAGUUCUAAUUUUGUUUUAUAAUUCCCUCCAGUAGGAGCUGGUAUUCCCCUCAAAUUCAGUGUAUAAUAUUACACUAUAUUGAAAUGAGUUAGUAUAUCGCAAUGUUCACCUAACAUCGUCACAAGCUUGUUAGCCUAAUUGUAUUACAUAAUCCAUCUUUUUGAGGAAAGGUGCCCACGAAAGAAAAGCCAAUGCUUGCCCCUAUAAGUGGUGGUUUAUUUUUCCCACUCAAUAAAUGUAUGUUGAUCUAAUUA